AUGGAUUACGAAUGGGCUUUGGAGCGACUACGCUCGAUGUGUGUCAGGACGGGGGGACCGGGACCUGCAGGUUUGAGUGUGCUGCUUGUUCCGCUCAAGAAUCAGCAAGGAGUCAGUAUGCGGAAAAUGACUACGAGUGGUGGAACAGCCAGCGGGAGCACAUACAUUGAGCUCGAGGACGUGAAGGUUCCGGUAGAGAACUUGUUAGGUAGGGAAGGUCAAGGUAUGAGAUACAUUAUGACCAACUUCAACCACGAGCGCUUGAAUAUUGCCAUCCUUGUGGCGACUCAAGCUCGUGUUGCCUUGUCUCUGGCUUUCGAGUGGGUCAUGAAGCGGGAAGCCUUCGGACAGCCACUAAUUAUGCAGCCUGUUGUUCGUCACAGGCUUGCGAAGGCCGGAGCUGAGUUGGAGUCCUUGUGGGCUUGGAUUGAAUCGUUCGCAUACCAGAUGUCCCGCAUGAACAAGCGGGAUGCAGACGCAAAGCUCGGCGGGUCGACGGCUCUCGCCAAGGCAAGAGCAGGCCUUGUACUUAACGAAUGCGCUCAAUGCGCUCAACUACUGUUUGGAGGUAAUGGCUAUACCGAAUCUGGACAGGGGGAAGUCAUAUCAAGAAUCGCUCGUGAGAUUGCGGGCGCGAGAGUCCCUGGAGGAAGUGAGGAUGUCCUUUUCGAUUUGGCUAUCAGGGAGCUGUACAAGCAUUACCGCCGUGCGACUCAGGCAAAGGCGAAGAUGUUCUUCGUGUACACCGAGUGCGACAUCAAUGCCGCCUACUCAGAUAUCGGCAAUUCCGUCAUGGACGAUCUCGAUACCUGCAUGAAUGCAUGCGCCGAGAAAGGAUCGGACGAAGACACGGACCCUUGUCAAGCGGUGGCCUGGAAUGUGGCAGGGAGCAGAUGCUACUUGAAGGGAAGAGGAAUAACAGCACAGAACACGACAAAAUCCGUGGGAACCAUAAUGGCGUUUUCGGACCCGACAGUAUGGGCGAAUGCCAAGGGCGGCUGUGGCUACAACAACAAUUCAAUUGUAACAAACACAAGAGAACAGCAGUUUCAAGUACUGUGCGAUACACGGUAUAAAGGCGAUAACUAUGAUUCUACGAUCCGCGCCAGCUAUCCGGCCAAGCACACCGAAACUCUCGAGGAAUGCCUGGAAUACUGCUCUGAUGGGGACCCAUUCUGUUGGGGUGUACUCUUCAGUCCUACAAUGGAAGGGGGCUACCGCAAUUGUUGGGCCAAAAAUGCUAAUGCAACCCUUCACAAAGGAACAUGGGUCCCGCAGACAAACCAGAUCACUGCUUACGCUUACGAGGCAAUCAACACGACCUGCGCCGGCUCGUCUUACACGACUCCUAGUGGUGCCGUAUUCAACACAAGCUGUGAUCAUACCGGAGACUCGCCUGAUCUACAGCGAGUUCAUGCGGACAGCUUCGAGCACUGCCAAGAUCUGUGUGCCGACUACAAGCCGGACAGCGGCAAUGCGGCUUGUAAGGGAGUUGUUUACCAGCCAAGCGCUCGUGACGGCUGGCUAAAUUGCUAUCUGAAGUAUGGCCUUACCAACAUCACCGCUCAAGGCGAAUGGCAUACCGCUGUCCUAGCUUCCAGUUCAUCCGACACAGGAUCAUCGUCCUCGUCAAGUAAGGCUUGGAUCGCAGGACCUGUAGUUGGAGGUAUUGCGAUCAUCGCCAUCAUUGCUGGUGUCUUGUUCUGGCGCCGGAGGCGAUCAAGGCGAAACUACCCUCAGCAGUCUUCACAGGAGCGGGUGGAAUCCGAGCCUUUCAAGCAGCAGUAUCCACUUCAGGACAAUCAUGCUCAGCACAAUAGCGACGGAAGUCCCUUUUUGAGCCCUUCCGCGGGCGGCGACAGCUACUAUCCGCCAGCCAAGUACGAUUAUGCGCCACCAACGUCACGCCAGACAGGCCCGGCGGAAAUGAGCACAGGCUCGACGAUGGAAGCUGCCGAGCUUCCCACGGGCCAAGGACCGCGACACGAGCUGCCCACUUCAUGA